CUAGCCAGAAUAUUUAGAUUUAUGGAUAAUGAUUAGUGAAUUCUAUCUAACGAUCUUUUAACGUUUAAGGAUAACCUCGGCACGAACUGGAUUGCCUAGCUGGAUUUAUUUUAUAUCUAUGUAGUGCAGUAUUAAACAAGCUUUAUUAUUUUGUAAUAUUGUCUUUUGAAUCUACAUUUAAUAGUAAAACAAACUCUAGAAAUACUUAUUAGGUGAUUAUUCUAAAAAUAGGGCGUGUUUUAUAGUUGCCACCUGUAAUCUCACCCUUAGCACAAUUACAUAACACGUCUUCUUUUGAUAGUAGUUAAUUUGCAGAUUAAGUACACAAUAAAGGGAAAUUAGAGUGCGAUUUCUGAUAUCUUUUCAUUAACACAAGGAUUUUGUGCAGUUUUAAAGAGAACUCUGAUGGAAAGUACAUUUCACCAUUCCAUGACAUACCUAUGUAUGCAGAUGAAGCUCAGAAUAUUUUCCACAUGGUUGUUGAAGUCCCAAGAUGGACAAAUGCAAAAAUGGAGAUCGCUACAAAAGACCCUCUGAACCCAAUUAAGCAAGAUGUGAAGAAGGGCAAUUUGCGCUAUGUAGCCAAUGUUUUCCCACAUAAAGGCUAUAUCUGGAAUUAUGGAGCAAUCCCACAAACAUGGGAAGACCCUGGGCACACAGACAAAGACACCGGGUGUUGUGGCGACAAUGACCCUAUUGAUGUCUGUGAAAUUGGUAGCAAGAUACUAUCUCGUGGAGAUAUUGUCCGAGUGAAAGUCCUGGGUGUUUUGGCAAUGAUUGAUGAAGGUGAAACUGAUUGGAAAGUCAUUGGAAUCAGUGUUGAUGACCCUGAGGCAAAAGACUUUAACAACAUCAGUGAUGUGAGGAGACUCAAGCCAGGUUACCUUGAGGCCACAGUUGAUUGGUUUAGGAGGUACAAAGUACCUGAUGGGAAACCUGAAAACAAGUUUGCAUUCAAUGAAGAGUUUAAAGACAAGGACUUUGCCAUUGAGACAAUUAAAGCCACCCAUGGCUUUUGGAAAGCACUUAUUUCACAACAAACCAAUGCUGGAGAACUAAACUGCAAGAACACGUGUUUCUCAGGGAGCGACAGUCCUUUCUGCUGUUCAGCAGAUGAAGCCAAAGCAGUUGUUGAUGCAUCAUGCCCGUGUGGAGAUGCCAGUCCAAUUCCAUGCUCGGUUGACAAAUGGUUCUACAAGGUGAAGAAUUGAAGAUAACACUGUGGAUGGACCAGUCUGAUCACAUGUUUAGAAUAUGUAUGUCAGUAUCUGAAUAGGACCGUGUAUGUUUUAGAAAAGCAUAGUUACACCUUGUAUGGGGAUUAAAUCUCACAAUAACAAUGCUAAUCAAUGUCCAGUUAAGUUAAGUUAAUUUUUCUAUGUCUAGACAUUCUGUUUAACCAAUACUAAAGUAAACUCCGGUAC